UGCUACCAAGCCAGAUAAAUCUAAAUGCGAUAAAUACCCCAAGAAAGUGAAUCUGGAAGUUAGUAUCAAGUUAGAGUUGUUAGGAGUGCCACUUGGGAUUACUUGAAAGUGUUUGAGUAGUGGGGUUCUACAAUGCUGCUGACCGCUGCGUUAGUCAUUCUUUCAAUCCUUAUUGUGUGGGAUUAUGUUAAGAAACGGACACGUUAUAGGCUUACAGCCAAUAUUCCAGGACCAAGAGUUUACCCUGUUCUGGGCAACAUAUUCAAAUUUAAGCAGAAAAAUACCGAGGAUGUUAUCAAUAUCAUGGUCCAGCAGCUCAGCCAGUAUGGUUCCACAGUUAAAACCUGGGCCCUGAACCAACUGAUGAUCAUAUCGUCUGAUUUGGAGCUUGUUGAGGUCCUUCUGAGCAGCCCCAAGUACAUCCGUAAAAGUUCCUUCUACGAAAUUCUCAAUAUCUGGUUGGGCGGAGGCCUCUUGAUAAGCAACGGAAGGAAAUGGUUCCAGCGCCGUAAGAUCAUUACACCCACUUUCCACUUUAAGAUUCUUGAAGAGUUUGCCGAAAUCUUUGACGAACAUGGAACAAUUUUAAUGGAGAAGCUAAAGGAACAUGCCCAUGGGAUGCCAAUCAACAUUCAGCCGCGUCUGACGUUGGCGGCGUUAGAUAUUGUAUCUGAAACUGCCAUGGGAACCAAAAUAGAGGCCCAAACAAAUCCGGAUUGCGAAUAUGCGAAAGCCGUACAUGAAAUGUCGGAUAUACUCAUGACCAGACUGGUGAAAAUCCAUUUAACAAACGACUUUAUUUUUAAACUGGCUGCACCAGAGAUGUACGCGCGACAAGAACACGCUAAAAGGGUGUUGCAUGAUUUCACUGAGAAUAUCAUCGAAGAGCGCCGUCGAUCUUUGCUGGAUAAAAAGAUGAACGAUAAUUUUGAAGAAGUCGACGAUUUGGGACGAAAACGCAAAAUGGCAUUUUUGGAUGUCCUUCUGCAAGCUAGUGUUGACGGUCGCCCACUUACCAAUGAUGACAUCCGCGAGGAAGUCGACACCUUUAUGUUUGAAGGACACGACACCACCACCGGUGCGAUAGGCUUCACUUUGUUCUGUAUCUCUCGUCACCCAGAAGUUCAGCGGAAAUUAUUUGAGGAAAUUCGGGCGGUUAUAGGAGACGAUAAGACAACCUCUGUGGGCUUUCGAGAGCUCAAUGAACUCAAAUAUUUGGAACUGGUCAUCAAAGAGUCCUUAAGAUUAUUCCCUCCAGUACCACUUAUCGCUCGACGAUUAGAGGAAAACAUAAAAAUCAAUGGAGGCAAAUCAACAAUUCCUGCAAAUUCUGAGGUGGUCAUACCAAUUUUCACAAUGUUGAAAAAUCCGGAAAUCUUCCCUGAUCCUGAGAAGUUUAUUCCGGAACGACAUGUUAAUACGGAGAAGGCGAAUCCUUACUUGUAUAUUCCGUUCAGUGCUGGGCCAAGAAAUUGUAUUGGACAGAAAUUCGCAUUGGUGGAAAUGAAAAGUUUGAUUACGAAGUUCCUGCGCUACUAUGAGUUAUUACCGAUGGGCCCUGCUCCUAAGACAGUAUUGAAUGUUAUUUUGAGAUCAAAGAAUGGAGUUCACCUGGGACUGAGGCCGAGGGUUUACGAAUAAAUUUUUAAAAGUAGAAAAACUAGCUUUAUAUUUCGGAAGGAUUAUGUAGUAUUUAACGGACUAGAUUUACACUUAGGUAUUAGUCGUGCUGUACAGCUUGUUUACAAAAAUAAAUUUUCCAUUGGGGUGAGGUU